AUGGUCUUCCGAUACAAAUGCUGUUCUUCCUGCGCCCCCAAGGUCCGCUACUACCUUCAACAGGCAUGGGGUAACUACCUGUAUGAGGAUAGCUACGGGUCGAGCACCAUCUUCGAGAUCAACAUGCCCGACCCGGGGACUUCCGAUCAGAAUUCCCUUGUUCGUAUGUGCUUCAGGGCUGCGAAGUCUUCCGUCGCGCCGCAUGGGAUUGUUCGCCUGAGCACCUCAUCUUCGCCCGGCAACUAUAGGUGCAGAAAUGCCUAA